AGAGAGAGAGAGAGAGAUUUUAUCCACUUUGUAAAACAGUAGGGCUACAACAGGGAGAAUUACCUUUUUAAAACAUGUCGCAGUAAUAACUACUGCAGAUCUAUUUUUAAAAUGUUUAUGGUCAACAUAUCAAAUACAAAAAUCAUUUUACGUAGCAUUUUCUUCACAUUGUCUCCUCUUUCUAAUUGAAAUGUCCUGCUCCGCCCUAUUUGUACUGGAUCUUAAAGGCAAGGUCUUAAUAAGUAAAAACUACAGAGGUGACGUCGACAUAUCAUGUAUUGAUAAAUUUAUGACUUUGAUAAUGGAGAAGGAGGAGGAAGGCUAUCAAACUCCAAUAAUUCAGCAUGGAACCACAACGUACAUAUAUAUCAAACACAACAAUUUGUAUUUGGUGUCUAUCACGAAGAAAAAUGCAAAUGCCGCACUCAUAUUCGCCUUUCUACAUAAAAUUGUUGAAGUAUUUACCGAAUACUUUAAAGAAUUGGAAGAGGAGUCAAUUCGUGAUAAUUUUGUUAUUGUUUAUGAAUUAUUAGAUGAAAUCAUGGAUUUUGGAUUUCCUCAAACAACCGAUUCAAAAAUUUUACAAGAAUAUAUUACGCAAGAGUGUAAUAAAUUGGAAGUUGCUCCCAGACCCCCAAUGGCAGUUACUAAUGCUGUAUCUUGGCGUUCGCAAGGAAUUAAUAGACACAAAAAGAAUGAAGUAUUCCUCGAUGUUAUUGAAUCAGUUAAUCUCUUGGUUUCAGCUAAGGGCAACGUACUACGCUCUGAGAUUGUUGGUAGUGUCAAGAUGAGAGUUUAUCUCAAUGGGAUGCCAGAGUUAAGAUUAGGUUUGAAUGAUAAAGUUUUGUUCGAAUCAACGGGUAGAGGAAAAUCAAAAAGUGUUGAAUUGGAGGAUGUUAAAUUUCAUCAGUGCGUUCGAUUGUCAAGAUUUGAGAAUGAUCGAACUAUAUCCUUUAUACCGCCUGAUGGCGAGUUCGAUCUAAUGAAUUACAGAUUGAAUACGCACAUAAAACCAUUGAUAUGGGUGGAGAGCGUCAUUGAACGCCAUUCGCACUCCAGAGUAGAAUACAUGAUCAAAGCUAAAAGCCAGUUUAAAAGGAGAUCUACUGCAAAUAACGUAAAGGUUAUCAUUCCUGUACCAGUUGACGUCGAUUCUCCAAAAUUUAAGUGCACGAAUGGAAGCUGUAAAUACUCUCCAGACCAGAAUUCUAUGAUAUGGACCAUAAAGAGUUUUCCAGGAGGAAAAGAGUACCUAUUAAGAGCUCACUUUGGUCUACCGAGUAUCGAGGGAGAGGAUCUUGAGGGUAAACCUCCCAUUCAAGUGCAGUUCGAAAUACCUUACUUUACCGUUAGCGGCAUUCAGGUCAGAUAUUUAAAAAUCAUCGAAAAGUCAGGUUAUCAAGCUCUUCCUUGGGUUCGAUAUAUUACUCAGAAUGGAGACUACCAGCUAAGAACUUGUUAA